AUGGCAUCACGAAAUGCGGGCGGAUCGCAGGGUCUGAGCAGGCAGAGCAGCGUCGCAACAAGUGGGAGCGUGAUGAAAUCGAGACAGCUGACGCAUUUACACUCUCAGUUGGCUCAGUUGUCAAAAAAUCUAUCAGAUACCGAGAAUUUAUUGAGGAUGACGAGUGUGCAGGCUGAAGCAAUGAAGGGACUGGGGAGCUGGCAUGGCGGCCUAUUCAUGGCUGCGAGUAGAGUACUUGGAGAAGAAAGUGUGAAAGAGGCUGGGAAGUGA